AUGGGCGCGCACGAGCACGCGGACGGGCUUUGUCGCCGCGCGGGCGAGCGCGGGCGCUGGACCUGGACGCGGCCAGCCGGGGCCGCGACAAGGUCAGGGGAGGCGGGGCACGACGCGGGCAGAGCCGCAGCAGGGGAAGCAGCACAGCAGCAGAGCAGGGAGAGAGCGGCGUGGGCCGGCGCAAGGGCAAGCGCGUGGGACGGCGUGGGCGCGCGGGGGACACGGGCGAGCGGGGCCGCGGCUGCGGCCGCGUGGGCGCGCGCGGGGCGCGCCUGGAGGACGGACGGGGCAGGCGCGGGCGGAGGCGUCGAGGGCGCGCGUUGGAGCAGCCGCAAGCAGCGGCGGCCGGAGCUGAAGACGAUGCGGGAGCGCGGGGGGGGGGGGAGAGGGCGCGGCCACGGCGGAGCGGACGCGCGGCAUGGCAGAGAGAUGAAGGAGGGGAAGCUCACGGGGCCGAUUGAUGAUCUCAUCGGAAGGUGGUUCGUGAAUUAG